AUAUAUGUGUAUAAACCUCUCCUAAUCCUCUCUCACGCCUCUAACAAUCUCUUCUCUCUCGUUCGCUCUCUGUCCCUCGCUCGCUAGCUUUGCUUCCUUUGAGAGAGUAGAAGAAGAGGAAGAAGAAGAAGAAGAAGAAAAUGGUGAAGUUCUCAAAGGAACUUGAAGCUCAGCUAAUUCCAGAAUGGAAAGAAGCAUUUGUAAAUUACUGGCAACUCAAGAAACAGAUAAAGAAGAUCAAGCUUUCAAGAAUACCAAAACAACCUCCUCAACUUCACUAUGAAUUUGGUGCUUCCAUUUUCGAUCCCAUUCGCUUCCUCGCUUCCAAAUUCUCUAACCAUUUCUUUCCUUCCGAUCCCAAAACUACUGAAAUCAUUCAGGUGAGAAGAAAAACUAUGGAAGGUGGAGAUGAAGAAGAAGAAGUGUAUCAAACUGAACUUGUUCAGCUGUUUUCUGAGGAAGAUGAGGUGAGAGUGUUUUUCGAGAAACUGGAUGAAGAAUUGAACAAAGUUAACCAGUUUUAUAAGGCUAGAGAGAGCGAGUUGCUUGAGAGAGGAGAAGUUCUUAACAAGCAGCUAGAGAUUUUGUUAGAUCUCAAGCAAAUUCUCAACAGCCGGCGGGGGAAGCUGAAUACCGGAAAUUUUCCUCCUUCAUGGUCAUCUUCUCCUAGGAACUCUGAUUAUUCUGAGACCACAGUAGAGUCGAAUAACAACCCGGAAGAUUCAUCAGAGACAGAUGAAGUAAUCGCAGCACUGGAGAAAAAAGGUGUACAUUUUAUUAACUCGGCAACAGCAAGGUCCAAAACAAAGAAAGGAAAACCUAAAAUGGCAAUGAGAAUUGACAUUCCUGCAACAACACCAACACGAACAAUCUCAGCGAUUACAUCGAUGCUUUGGGAAGAUUUGGUUAAUAAUCCCAAGAAAGAAGGCCCUGGAGAUUUCAUUAACAGGAAGAAAAUUCAAUGUGCUGAAAAAAUGAUUAGAGGUGCUUUUGUCGAGCUCUACCGCGGACUUGGCCUACUCAAAACUUACAGCUCAUUGAACAUGGUGGCUUUUACAAAAAUCCUCAAGAAAUUUGACAAGGUCUCAAACCAGCAGACAUCAGCAAGUUAUCUAAAAGUAGUGAAGAGAUCUCACUUCAUUAGCUCAGAUAAGGUUGUUAGACUAAUGGAUGAAGUGGAGUCCAUAUUCACAAAGCACUUCGCCAACAAUGACAGGAAAAAAGCUAUGAAGUUCCUUAGACCACAACAGCAGAAGGAGUCUCACAUGGUCACCUUUUUUGUUGGUCUGUUUACUGGUUGUUUCGUGUCGCUGUUUAGUGUAUAUGCAAUCUUGGCACAUUUGUCUGGAAUUUUUAGGCCUAACAAUGAAAGAUCGUAUGUGGAAACUGUCUACCCUGUUUUCAGUGUGUUUGCGUUAUUAAGCUUGCACUUGUUCAUGUAUGGGUGCAACCUCUUUAUGUGGAAAAGUACAAGGAUCAACUACAAUUUCAUUUUUGAAUUUCAACCAAGUACAGCCCUCAAGUACAGAGAUGCAUUUCUCAUUUGUACUACUUUCAUGACCUCUGUUGUUUCGGCUAUGGUAGUCCAUCUUCUCUUAAGGGCUAAUGGCUUUUCACCUACACAUGUUGAUGCGAUACCUGGAAUUUUCCUCCUAAUUUUCAUGGCCUUGCUCAUUUGCCCAUUCGACUUCUUUUAUCGCCCAACACGUUACUGUUUCCUUCGUAUUAUUCGUAACAUAGUCUUCUCUCCAUUUUAUAAGGUUUUGAUGGUGGACUUUUUCAUGGCAGACCAACUUACCAGUCAGAUUCCACUGCUCAGGCACUUGGAAUCUACAGCAUGCUACUUUCUAGCGGGGAGUUUCAAGACAAACAGAUUUGAAACCUGCAAUAGUGGAAGAUUAUACAGGGAACUUGCUUAUGUCAUUUCAUUUUUGCCAUACUAUUGGCGAGCAAUGCAGUGUGCUAGAAGAUGGUUUGAUGAAUGUGACCUGAAUCAUUUGGCAAACAUGGGGAAAUAUGUUUCUGCCAUGGUAGCAGCCGGUGCCAGACUAACUUAUGCUAGGCAAGAGAAUCAUCUAUGGCUUGGUAUAGUCUUAGUUACUUCUCUUAUUGCUACAGUUUAUCAGUUGUACUGGGAUUUUGUUAAGGAUUGGGGCCUUCUCCACCGAAACUCCAAGAACAAAUGGUUAAGAGAUGAUUUGAUCCUAAAGAACAAAAGCAUUUACUACAUUUCCAUUGCCUUCAACAUAGCUCUGAGAGUUGUUUGGUUGGAGACUGUGAUGCGAUUCCGUUUCACUAUCAUUGAGUCACGUAUGUUGGACUUUUUCUUGGCUUCUUUAGAGGUUAUUCGUCGAGGCCACUGGAAUUUCUACAGGUUGGAGAAUGAGCAUUUGAACAAUGUUGGCAAGUUCAGGGCAGUAAAAGCAGUUCCCUUACCAUUCCGCGAGACAGAUUCUGAUGGCUGAGAUGGUUUUACUUGGAGGUUUGGUUGCAAGUCCUUGCCAAUUUCAUCCUGAGUGAAGUCCUUAGUGUGCUGGAACUAAGGGGCAUUCGAUGCUUUGCUGCUAUGAACCAUUAGACCAGGAUCAAGAUCCUGUAUGAAAAAAGAACAAAAGAAAAAAAGAAAGGAAUGCGUGAUUACCCUUGUCAUUCUUCACAGAUCAAAUUCAUUCUGUGAAUUGUAUAGCUCCAAGUGAAAUGAAGCAAGUGAGCAUCAAAUAACAUUUGAUUUGAAGUCUUGUACAUUUGAGAACUCUAACUUCAAUUCGAUGAUAAAAAUCCAUCGAUUACCUUUCAGAA